GUCUGAUUCCCGGAGUUAGACUCAGCCUGAGCGGAGACGAAAGUCUAUCUUCUCCGGGAGCUGACUAACCAAUCGCCACCCAGAAGAUGAAGGUUCUGUGGGCUGUGUUGGUGGUCUCCUUCCUGGCAGGAUGCCAGGCCGAUGUGGAGCCGGAGCCCGAGGUGCAGUUAGGUCUUCAGCGGCUCGAUAAACAGGGCAGCCAGCCCUGGGAGCUGGCGCUGGGCCGCUUCUGGGACUACCUGCACUGGUUGCAGACGCUGUCUGGGGACGUUCAGGAGGAGCUGCUUGGUGCCCAGAUCAACCAAGAGCUGACGACGCUGAUGGAGAAGACGCUGAAGGAAGUGUCUGCCUACAAGUCGGAGCUGGAGGCCCAGGUGGGCUCGAUGUCCAGGGAACUGCAGGCGCGCAUGUCCAAGGAGCUGCAGGCCGCGCAGGCACGGCUGGGCGCUGACAUGGAGGAAGUGCGCAGCCGCCUGGCGCAGUACCGCAGCGAGGCGCAGACCAUGCUGGGCCAGAACGUCGAGGAGCUGCGCGCCCGCCUCACCUCGCACCUGCGCAAGCUGCACAAGCGGCUGCUACGCGAUGCCGAGGACCUGCAGAAGCGCCUGGCAGUGUACAAGGCCGGGGCGCAGGAGGGCGUGGAGCGUGGCGUGGGUGCUAUCCGUGAGCAAGUGAUGCCACUGCUGGAGCGGGGCCGCGUGCGCGCCGCCACUGUGGGCACUCUGUUCAGCCAGCCGCUGCAGGAUCGCGCCGAGGCCUGGGGCCAGCAGCUGCGUGGGCGGCUGGAGCAGGUGGGUAACCGGGCCCGCGACCGCCUGGAUGAGGUGAACCAGCAGGUGGAGGAGGUGCGCACCAAGGUGGAGGAGCAGGCUGCCCAGAUGCGCCUGCAGGCUGAGGCCUUCGAGGCCCGCCUCAAGAGCUGGUUCCAGCCCCUGGUGGAAGACAUACAGCGCCAGUGGGCCGACCUGGUGGAGAAGGUGCAGGCGGCAGUGGGCACCAAGACCGACGCUGUAUCCAGCGAGAAUCAGUGAGCCCCCAGGCUCACCACCUGUCAGGCCCCACUCCUGCCCCAUCCCUCCUGCCUCCCUGCCGCCAGCAGGAGGCUCUGCACCUGCCCCAGCUAUCCUCCCGGAGGGCGUUCGCUUAAUAAAGAUCCACUGGGCUGCACAGCAGCUGCCAAGCA